GCUGCUUCCGCUCCCGCUCGGCGCUGCCGGGAUGUGGCGGCGCGUGUGCGCGCUGUGGCGCCUGGCCGUUGUCUGCCGCCCCCUGCAUCUCUGUCCGCGGCCGCCUCGCAGUAAAAUACAAAAGUGCUUUAGCAGUAGUGCUGGGUUCUGCAAUCAGGAAGAUGGGUCUACUAUUUCUGCGGACAGCACUACUGAGAAAGCUUCAGAGAAUCAGAAGAAGGCAACAAAGAAGACUAAAAGGGAGGACUUGUUAAAUAUUCUUCAUGGCAAGAAAACAGAAAGAAGCAUAAAUAAGACAGUGGUGUUUAAAAACAAACUUCAGGUGAUGGAAGGAACAAAGAGCCCACUAGAACAUAUGAAGAGCGCAAGUAAAAUAAUUCUGGAAGGUGAACAACAUAAAAAAGCUGCAAGCGGCAAACUUGUUAGUCCAGCUCUGGUAAAAGCUGCCUCUGUGAUUGCCUCUUCCUUACCACGUAACAGGAAACAGACACGGUCAGAUUUACUUUCACAAUUAAGGAAACAUCAUGAAAUCACAAGGCCACAGCAAAGUGGGAAAGCAAGUAAUGUAAGAUCAGUGCUGUAUAAAGGAAUGAAGCUUAAUAUUUUCCAGGUUGCUCCUAGGGUUACAGAAGGGGUUUCUGAAACAGAAUCUUCACCAACACUUUGGGAUCUGGAAUAUGCUAAAGAGAUUGCAGCAGUAUGGCAACAGCCACCCCUGAAUGGUUUUGAGGAGCUGAUCCAGUGGACAAAAGAGGGGAAACUAUGGGAGUUCCCAAUUAACAACGAAGCUGGAAUUGAAGAUGAUGUUGAAUUUUAUGAGCAUAUCUUUUUGGAUAAAUAUCUAGAAGACUUUCCCAAGCGAGGACCUAUUCGCCACUUCAUGGAACUAGUGACCUGUGGGCUUUCUAAAAACCCAUAUCUAACUGUUAAACAAAAAGUUGAGCAUAUUGAAUGGUUCCAAAAUUACUUCAAGGAAAAAGAAGAACUUCUGAAAGAGAUUGAAAAUUAUGAGAAAGAGACCGAACUUAGCCUUGAAAAGAAGACUAUAUUAAAGUAAACAUUGAUAACUUUUAAAAAAUAUAUUGUUGUGUCGGCGCAUAGGGUAAAAUCGUUACCGAGAUGCCAUGAGUUGUCAAACUAAAAAUUGUCACUUCAGUGUUCUUUAUGUAAGUGAAGAGUCUACACGUUGUAUACUGUACAUAUAAAUACAAAAAACUUGAUUUUACAACACAUAUUUCACUUCAUUUAGUUGCAAGCCUAUCCAGAUAAUCAUUUAUUGCAUUUCACAGAAUAAUCAUUUGAUCAAUUUCUAAUGUGUGCAUGGUGGAAUCUGAUGCUGUUACAGAAUCCAGAGAUUGGGAGAAGUCUGUAAUGUCAUCUACUAAUACAGGGUUUCUUGCUGAUACCA